UUUAACGCAAGCAUUGUUGGACGCAUUUUUUUUAAGCCGCCCUGCAAAAAUUUUUGUUCCAUGUGUGCAGCCCGAGGAAUAGCUCAAAAAAAAAAACUUUAAAACACAAUCGAAAGGGAGUUCCCAUGAAAAGAAAAAUUCCAGUCAAUCAAAAUAAUUAUCCCGGUUAAAAGGUUAAAAAUGUGAAGCGCAGGACUGCCGGAAAUCUGGAAUUUUUUAACGGUCACUAUACACAUAAUUAUAUUUUUAUGAAUUCAAUUUAUUAAUUUAACCUAAUAACGCGUCAACAAAAUGUUUUGCUAAUAUUUCGUCAAACAUUACCCAUAAAGUAAGAAAUAAUUGCUUUUUACCAACAGCGAUAUGAUCAUUUUUUAUGUGGUCGAGUUGCCAUGGCUGUUGGUCCCAAUAAAAGCGAGAAGAAGAAGACCUUAUGUGGUUACCAUAGCAUGCAUAUCGAGUAAGAAUCAAGUUAUGGUCCCUUUACUCUGUGGUUUCACGUUGUCGAGUAAUGAGAAUACUUAACUUUUCGUUUAGGUUUCGAGGUUAGGAAACCCGACCUACGAACGUGUUUGUUUUGUUAUUUGCACGUCCGGCGCUUAAUUUGACAGUUGACAUGCCCAAGAUGGCGGGUAAGUUGCGUCACGCGAGGAAGAAAUCGGUUUUCUUCGCAUCUGAUCCCAAAUUGGAGCGACUCGUCCACAACGCCUGGCUGGAGGCGUCUUUGGACGCCCCCCAGAGAGUCAACCCGGUACCCGGCUACACCCAAGGAUUGCGGAGGAUGUGCGUGAUCUUGCACGUGGUGAUACCGCUGGUCAAAGUACUGCUAGGGGUUCUGUAUAUAAACGAGUGCCCGACCAACGCUUGGCUACCGGUGUACAACAUCGUUGGGGGUGCCGAAAAACAAUUUCCCUACUAUUCGAAAGUUAUAAUCCGGGUCACGUUUCCAGGUUGCUUGCAGUUUUUGUUCCUCGCGCUGCUUAUAUUCCGCGGAAUACGCAAGUUUUGGGUUUUAGCGCUGAUCGGAGCCGCCAUGACGAUCUGGUUGUUUGUUGGUGAGUAACUCACAACAUACCACCUUUUUUUUUUAAGAAGCUUCCACAGGCUACUGCGUCUGUGGUUAUGAGG